CCUGCCCGGCCUUGCUCCCCUCACGCCCUCCUUCCCUCCCCGCAGACCAUGCGGUGGCCCGGGCUGUUCGGGCGGCUGAAGGCGGCGGUCAUCGGGAUGGUGCACGUGGGAGCGCUGCCAGGGACACCAAGAAGUUCUCUUCCACUGGCCCAGAUCAUUGAUCAAGCUUGUCAAGAGGCAGAAGUUUACAGAGAUGCUGGAGUUGAUGCCUUGCUGGUGGAGAACAUGCACGACGUGCCGUACACGGUGUGCCCGGGGCCGGAGGUGACCGYGGCCAUGGCAGUGGUCAGUGCUGCCGUGAGACAGAGCUGUCCCCGUGUCCCGCUGGGGGUGCAGGUGCUGUGUGCUGCAAACCAGCAGGCAAUAGCCAUUGCUCUGGCUGCAGGACUUGAUUUUAUCCGGGCUGAAGGGUUUGUGUUUUCUCAUGUGGCUGAUGAAGGAAUCAUAAAUGCCUGUGCAGGUGACCUGCUACGAUACAGAAAACACAUUGGAGCGGAGCACAUUCAGAUUUUUGCUGAUAUUAAAAAGAAACAUAGUGCUCACGCCCUGACGGCCGAUGUCAGCCUGGCGCAGACAGCGGCCGCUGCCCAGCUGUUCCUGGCUGACGGCGUGGUGCUGACGGGCACGGCCACCGGGCACCCUGCGGACCCCUGCCAGCUGCCAGAGGUGAAGCAAGCUGUGAAGAUUCCUGUGCUGGUUGGGUCUGGAGUGACUCUGGAGAAUGUGAGGGAUUACCUGGAUGCAGAUGCUCUGAUAAUUGGUUCAUAUUUCAAGAAAGAAGGAUACUGGGCAAAUGCUGUUGAUCCUGACCGAGUAAAGAAAUUCAUGGAACACAUCAGUAAAUUGAGGGAAUGAGUUUGUGAGCAAACACUGAUGGUUUGUGUGUGUUUGUAGGAACACAGUGUGUUGCAUCCUGCAGAAUUAAAGCACAAAAGUGUGGCUGAAUGGCAAAUAACAUCACAUAAAAAUGCACAUCAUUUCCAUGACUAGAUGGGAAUCAUGGUGACACUUUCCAGUGACCUGGUGCCCUGAUGUUUGCUUCCAGGCAGCACAUUUCUGUGGUGCUCAAAGCUGCCAUCAGUGCUAAGCCAAGUGAAAUCUCGUGCGAGAUACUCUCUCCUGUAGGUAAAACGCUUAUGGAGUUUAAGAAUUUUUAGAAAAUGCUCGUCACAGGUGAGCUGAGUUCCAUUUUGCCUUUAAGUACAAUAGAAUGCCCURAGUUUACAACUAAAAGUGUUGUAAAUUGGACAAGUUAAUUAGCCUUUCMRUUUCCCCAUCUGUAAAAURAUGAUAAUAGCACCUACAUCACACWGGGGCUGUAAGACAUAAUGAAUGAAAGAAUGUACAGCACUUUCAUCUCUCCAAAUGAAGGGCUCUUUUAAAGUUCAAGAUCAUUAUUUUUUCAUUAGAAUUGUGCAUUUAUACAAUUUUUGUAAUACCACCCAAAAAGUUAAGAUAAUUGGGAUAUUGAUUUACUUACAAUACUUAUUAGAGGAUAAAUGUAAAUAUUUAAUUACAUUUUAAGUAGAUUUGGAAUGUAGUCAAAAUGCUUUUGCAAAAAUUGGGAAUUUUAAUAAAGGUUUAUUAUUUUUCAGCAAGCACCUGCAGCUUUGUACCUCUCCAGAAUAGUAAUAGUGAUGUAAAAAACUUUCUUGGAACUCACAAGAUAUAAUUACAAUAGAACCUUUCCAGCAAAGCCACAGGUAAACACACAUUUUUAUUUUUCCARUAAAAUGUAGAGGGGAAAAUUAUUACAGUCUCACUGUGUAUGUUGUAAGAGUUUCCCCUCAAAUUUGAUCCUUUAGCUCUAAGGAAUCUUAAAAGAACCCAAGGAAUACCUGUUAGGUCAUGGCUGCAUGAAAUGUUGGGACUGGGAGUGAAGUUUGUCCUCUGGGAUCUCUCUGUUUCCUUGACAUGUACACAUCACUAAUAAAAGUUAAAUUGUGGAUAUCAAAGCAGGAACACAAACAUGGUGUUUGUGUCAGCUGGAAGAGCACCCAUGCGUCUCUGAACAAAAGAUACAUCCUCCUUCCAAGGACAAAAAGAUUUCCAAGGUAUUUAGUUUUGUUAACAUAAUGGUGAUUCCAGAACAUCCCRAGAUGAGAUUGUUCCCAAAGAAACUUGUGCCUGUUGUCAGAAGUCACAUUCAGUACUCUGAGCGUGGGAAUUUGUGCUACCAGUGUGUUCCUUGAAUUGUUUUCUACUUACAUCCUAAAAACUCAAAWGUGCCUGAAACUCAAAUAGGUUUUCAUCUGAGUAAAAGAAGAGAUGAGAACUUUGCAGUGCUGUAUACAAGGUCUGAAGGCAGUAAUGUUGUACACAGCAAUUGUGUAAGACAGAAGCCUCCAAGGUGCAAUGAAUGCUGCAGACAGCAAUUWCACAGUCAGGAUUUCAUUUAACUCACCACCCUGUAGUACUUGUGGAAGGAACAGGCCAUAAUUUGAGUCUGUGUUCUUAUAUAAGAAAGGAAGUACAGAAUUUAGGGAACAGAGUAAAGGAAAGCUGAUUUUCAGGCCUGAAAAUGUGACUGAUGGCCAGCUCUAUCAUUCUUUGUGCCAAAAGUAUUUGUCUAGCAGCAUCAAGCAUCUGCUUGCCUGUUUCACACAGAUGCUGUAAGUAGAAUUUGACCUUUUGUUCAGCGAGUGUUUGAAUAUUUAACGUGAAAAUAUUAAGUUAUCAGAAAGGCUGACUCUUUUGGGAAGACUGUUCAAUUCUUACACAGCCCAAGUUGUUAAAGUACUUUGGAGCAUGAACAACUUCAGAGCAGAACAAAGCAGGCACUGCUAAUGUGUAGAAACUCCAGAAGUAAAUAACAGCUGUUCAAGAAGACUUCUAUUAAAUAUGUAUUAAUUAACUUGAAGUGCAUCACUUAAAUAUGUGAAGAGAUUAUCUUGUGUUAAUUUACAUUAAAACACACAGCACUUGUUAGCCUCAUUACACUACCCUAAGUAGAUCCUAAGCUAUCACCUCAUCUUACACGGAGCGUUUUGUUGGGUGUUGAUUGCUUUCGAUUUGCCCUUUUAAAAUGUCAGAUAGUGGCCUCCAUUUCUUGUUSGAUCUCUUCUUUCAGGUUUUGCUCUUGCAAGGUUACUGUUCUUGCCUUGUGUCUGUUCUGGGCUGAGCAGAAAGAAAAAUAACAGUAGGUUGUGAAAAUGUAACAGUAAUUGCCCACCCAGGCUUCACUUGUGGCUCCUGCUGUUGACUUAGGAACAAGCAGAGAGGAUGCAAGGGUCCAUUUGUGUAGCAAAAUGACUUUACAGGGAAAUUCAGUAUCACCUUUAGAAUGGGAAAGAUACAGAGUAAAAUGGAGUCUCUUUAGUGAGAUUCUAGAUAAAUAAAACUCAGUGGUAUUAAUAGUGGUCUAAAUCAAUGUAUAAAUCUUCAUAAACUCUCAUGCCAUCUAUAAAACUGGUAUUUUUUUUGUGGACUUAAGUAAAAAUUCAUCUU